CAGCGCGCCCUGUCAACCACACGGAAGAAAAUGUACCCGGAAGCAGAAUGCGAGUCGUCUAUUUGUUUCCGGUUGUGACAGUAGUAGCUUGACCCCCGGCACUGGGGAGGACUGUUGAGCCUUUUUGAAAAUCACCAGUCUGAUUUUAACACGUACCAGGGUGUCGCCCCUCUCCAAGUGUGGUCCCUCAUGGGCGGCUGGUCUAGCAGUGCUGUGCUGCAGCUGUACCGGGCGCUGCUCCGUGCAGGGCGUCACCUUCAGUACACCGACCGCAACUACUAUCGCCGCGCUGUGGCUCGUGAGUUUCGGCGCUGCCAAACCCUGACGGCACCUGAAGACAAGGAGGAGGCGCUGAAGAGGGGCCAGUUCUUCCUCAGUAGCCGAUUGGGUGGGCUUAUGUAG